AUGGAAUAUCGUUCUGUGUACGGUGUCAUAUUAGCCAUAAAUCAAUCGAAACAAUAUCAGCCUGUUAAUGAUCUAGAUAGACAAGGACGUGUAAUAAAUUCAAUUUUAAAAGAUUUACAGAAUAAACAAACUGACGAAGAAACUGUUAAAAAUUUGCAAAAACCAGUCUCAUCCUCUUCAUCGUUGAACACUGUAGAUCUAGAUAAAUCAAUUGAUGAAUUAUGCGAUUUACUAAUUAAUGAUUUAAUUCUUAGUUGGUAUAAACAUGUCUCAUAUCAACAAACAAUAUUCACAAAAGCAUUCAAACAAGAAAUUCAUAAAAUUGUAAAUGAAUUAAAAAUUCGAUGUCGUGUAAUUGAUUGGGUAGCCGUAUUAUCGAAUGAUUUUAUUGUAUUAUUAACGGAACAUUUUCAAAAAGUUAAACAAGCAAGUCUGAAUCCGAACAUUGUAUUUCAAUUACAUUCAUUUUUGGUUACUGAAGAAAGUGAAAAUGAAUGUUUACGGUCCCUGUGUGAAUCUGUCUUACUGUUAUUAUUACCCAAUUACUAUGCUUUAACAUCAGCAUCAAGACAUUUAUUACGUGAAGUACUCGUAUUUAACGUUGUUCGACCAACAUUUGAUAAAUUGUGUGAACCAGAUUAUUUGAAUGAACAAUUGUUAUCUUUUUUACAAAAAUCAGAUGAAUACAAAGAUCAAAAAGAGAGAAAAUUUAAUUUAGCAUCAAAUUAUGAAAAUUUUAUGAAACUAAUUCAAACAUGCGAUCAAUUAGACAAAUUGGAAGAAUUAUGGGAGAGUAUUGUUACAGAAAUAAUGCAAGCAACAGCCAUAAAAAAUUUACUGAAAGAAGGCGUCAUAUCGAAAGAUAGUCCCCAGAAACAUGGUACAAAAGGUGAAUUGCUAAUGUCUCGUGAUUUAACAAAAUACUUAAAUCAAUUAAGAAUAGCUAAGAGUGUCUGUGAGAGGAGAAUAACAGCAAAUGGUGGAAGAAGCUAUCUGUUAUUGGAUUCGACAACAAGUGAAAAUGUUUCAAAUAGAAAAGUACUAUCGUUAAAUAUAAUUCUUAGUUGUCAAACUGGACGAUUUCAUUUUCAACAAUUUCUAGAAACACUUGGAACACACGCUUUAAUAAAAUUUUGGUAUGAUGUAUGGAAAUUACGAUCAGCUAUGAUUUCUGAACGUCAUCGUGUUGCAUCCAAUAUUUAUAAAACAUAUAUUCUUCAAUUUGGUAGCGCUGUUCGAGAUGAAAUUGAUAAUGCAACUGUUAAUGAAAUGAAAAUAUAUUUAAUUGGAGAAAAAGUUGAACCUGAUGCAUUUUAUUUGGCUCAAACAAUUAUCUACAAUGUUUUACAAAAAGAUUAUUACGGCUCAUUUAUAGUAUCAGAAUAUUAUUCAAAAUUUUGUAAAUUAUUUGACAGUAAUGAUAUCAAGGAUUUUGAUCUUAACGAUCCAUCAUUAAUAAACAAUACUGUAAAUAUAAGUCCAAAUGACCUAUCAUCAACUCUGUCAAGUCCCAAUUCAGAAACUAUGGUUCAAUCGACUACUCCCGAUGUGGAUUCACCGAUUAUUAAUGCAGAAAGUGUUCCAAAACGUUUACAAGAUCUUCGUGUACAUUUGGCCACAAAAGUAUAUGCAUGCGAAGCGGCAAAAGAGGUUGCAACAUUUGAUACAAAAACAGUGAAAAAAUUAGAACAAGAUAUUCAUGGUAUUCAAAUGAGAAUUAGUACAUUAGAAUCAUUAAUAGAAAAUGUUGAUUUAUGGUGGGAUCAUUUGGGACAUUGGAAAGCAAAAGUACUAUCAGAUGUGAUUGAAAAUGGUUCAUCUUGCUUAGCUGUCUUAAUUCGUACAGAUGUUCAAUGGUCAAGUGGAUGGGUUGUUACUAGAACAAUCCAUGCUUGGCAAGAGUUCUAUCUACGAUUAAAACAGCUUAAAUCAAGUUUACCAACAAUAGAUUUAUUUCGUACACGUACACGAAAAUUUUCAAUUAUUAACGAUUCAAUUACUUAUAAAAAGCUUACUGAACAAUUACAAGAUUUUCUACAAGAAAUAUUGAAAGAUGAACAUAUGUCAUCCUAUGAAUUGGUUUAUCAAUUUCUUAAUCCAUCAAUAGUUGAUAAUGAUCAACAAGCUUACAAUAAUUCAUUGAAAGGAGGAGUAUUAUCACAAAUAUUUCGAAAUAAAACGCAUGUCGAUACGGAUGAUCAAGAUUAUUCAGAAAUCGAUAGUGUUCGAUUUUUGGAAGGUCGUGCCGAUUCAAUAGCUAAACCACUAUAUCAAUUAAUUAAUGAGAUAUUUGAAGUUAAAGGAAUGUUAAAAUUAGUUCGAAUCACAUUGGUACAAUUUAUUCGAAGUACAUUUGGUAGUACAAUAAACAGACAAACUCGUCGUUUAAUAUUUGGUUUAUUUCAAGAAAAUCGUCUAGUUAGUUAUGUAACAAUGUUGCGUGAUACAUUUUGGCCAAAUGGGUCAACAUUGAGUAUUAUUACAAAAGAAACUCGAACAGAUGAUGAAAAAUUAGAGAGAAGACAUCAGGCAAAACGAAAAUUGUUAACAUCUAUACCCGAGACAUUUUCAUUAUUAAUCGGUUAUGAAAAUACUCGUGGUGGUGUUGAACGUUUAUUUGAAUUAUUUCAAGAUGGUAGAUUAAAUAAACAUUUUUUUUACAAUAUUCUUUUAAUGAUAAUUGGUGAAUUAUUUCCAGAAAUUCGUUUAAAAGAACGUUUACAAAACGAUGACUAG